AUGCCUUGCCCAGUAACUCAUACCAACGCCAAGGGCGAGAAGACCAAGGGAGAGUUCAAGCUUCCCAAAGAUGUCAAGGCAGCCGAGCAUUACAUCAAAUGGAACGCUCCGGGCGUAGAGACCAUCCCUGAAGGCGAAUCCAAGACCAUCCAGGAUGUCUCCGACCAGUUCCAGCGCCUGCAGCUGAUGAACUUCAACCAAAACAUGCAUUGCUACCGCGGCACCCACCUGAAGACUCAAGGAUGCGUUGUCGGCAAGUUCAUCGUCCACGACAACCUACCCAAGCACCUGGCCCAAGGCAUGUUCAAGACGCCCGGUGCCUACGACACCAUCCUGCGCUACUCCUCCCUCCUGCCCAAGCUCGCGCCCGACAACGCCGCUCUUCCCCGAGGUGUUGGCCUCAAGAUCUUCGGCAUCAAGGGAGAGAAGAUUUGGGGUGAAGACAAGGAGACCCAGGACUGGACCUUCAACAACUACCCCGUCCUCGAGCUUCGUACCCCCAAGGUCACCAACGAAAUCAUCGACUCGCUCGAGAGGAAUUUCGACGCGCUCGACAAGUUUGUGGGAGAGCUGGAGGCUCGCGAGGACGCCGAGGUUGCAACGGUCCCCGGGAAGCUGCCAAAACAACACAUGGUUGCCAUGCCGGAGUACUCGCAGUCUGCUUACCGCCACGGCCACUACGUUGCCAAGUACGGCCUCUUCCCCCUGAGCGAGGCGCAGAAGAAGUUGGAGGACGUCGACAUCAAAGAGACCGACCCCAUCAAUAUCCUUGCCACCGAAGCCCGCAACUUCCACCUCCACAACAAAGUCACGUACGCCUUCUGCGCGCAGCUGCUGGAGAACCUGGACGAGCAGCCCGUCGACGAUAUUGGUGUCGAGUGGGACCCCGUCAAGUACCCCUUUGUGCAAAUCGCCACGUUGGAGUUCCAGCCGCAGGACAGCUACCUGCCCGAGUUCCGGACCUGGUGGGACGACAGAAUUACUGUCAACUCGUGGCAUGGCCUGAAGGAGCAUCAGCCUCUUGGCUCCACCAACCGUAUGAGGCGUGUAGUGUACGCCGAGUCUCGCAAGCUUCGUCUGCAGGUGAAUGGCUACAAGGACUACAUUGAGCCCUCCAGCAUCAACGAAGUCCCGGUCCCGAUUCCGGCCCCACAGAUCGAUUUGAAGCAUUGA